UUCAAACGCGCGAUCAAUAAUGGUUUAAUCACUACCAGGUUAAACAAAGGUGAUCCGUGAGGCAUGGCCAUAUGAAUGACAACAAGAACAGUAAUGGGUAACCUUGACAUAGAACUCCACGUUUCUCAGACAUUAACACACCUGUGACGAUUAGCUAACCACGUGGUUUUGCAGAUGUGUGAAUACUGUUUGUUUUCCAGACACGUGGGUUUUUGUGGACCAGCGGAUUAAUUUCAGGCUUCAGAAGGUUUCUGCUGCGUCUUAAUGCUUUUGAAUAUAUAUGUCUGCGAGGAUUCAAUUUAUUCUGCUAUUAGAUGCACCACUAAAAAUAGCUGAGUUCCAGAGUCCAGACGUCAUGUGACAGUAUCUCAAAGUCCACGCAUAUGUCGAGCGGCGACUUUAGUCAGUUUGACACAAAUGGGGCGCAAAAUGAACAAAUAUUGCACGAUCCGGUAUCUUCUUUUGCUGGCAUCUCUCACUGGGUUCAUGAAUCUUGUUUACCUAACGUUCCUGGCCGACCUGAGGGGUACUCUCGAGCUUUACACAAUGCAACGUUCUUCGUCAAGUGUCCUUCGAAGACAGAUAGCAAGCAUUCAAAUAGACGCGGAUAUCAAAGCCGCCACGGGACCAAGUUUAAGUUACCUGGAACUGCUGAAUUUGGAUUUGAAAGACCUGGUUCAAAGAUACUUGGCAUCUUCACAAACUAUUGCUAAACAGUAUGAACUCAACAACCUGCAAGAGGAACCGCAGGAAGAGCAAGUACUUGUAAAUCACUUUUAUCUGCCUCGUUGCCUUCCGGUUCCCUUUCUCUUAAUCAUGGUUCACUCAAAUCCUGUUAACUUCAUGGAUAGAGAAUCCAUACGGUUAUCGUGGGGUCGAGGAGAUAAUCCAGUAAAUCAGGGCAGUUGGACAAGUCCUGAGAGAUCUUGGAAGACAGUUUUCCUCGUUGGGAAAACGAAUAGUUCCAAGCUAAACAAUCUGCUGAGGCAAGAAGCUCAGGUUUACAAAGACAUUGUCAUCGGAGAUUUCCUCGAUACAUACCGUAACUUGUCCUUGAAGACUUUAUUAGGUCUUCAGUGGACCUCACACCAUUGCAAACCUAAGUAUAUUCUCAAGACAGACGAUGACUGUUACGUGAAUGUCCUAUCGCUUGUUCAGUGGCUACAAGAAUAUCACGUGACCAAUGGAUCAAGGCCGCUAUACGCAGGUAAUAUUCAGAGGGACAUGGAGGUUGUGAGAGAUAAAACUAAUCGUUACUAUGUGUCCGUAAUGGACAUUAAUAGACAUAAGUAUCCGCCUUAUGCCUCGGGUGGAGGUUAUGUGUUCAGUGCAAGUCUCUUGCCCAGACUUCUCGCUGCGUCUCAGGAGGUUCCUAUCAUACCAGUUGAAGACGCUUGCUUUGGACUGUAUAUGCAGCACAUUGGUAUCAAACCACUUCAUAAUAGCAAAAUUUUACCGUAUGUCUUCUGUGAUGGCGCGAAGACUAGUUUGAAUGAAAGACCAAUAUGUCAUUUACGCGAUCCGCUUGUGUUACACGGCAUCAGGGACAUUCUUCAAAUACAGACACAUUAUAACGUCUUGUUAAUGACGUUUCUUCCAACAAUCUGCUCGUACGUAGAUAAUCAGUCAUUUAGCAAAAACUUUCAACAAUCGUGUUAACUUGUGUAUAAUGUACAAACUAUGAGGAAUUAAAUUAUUGUCAUCUACGUUUCAAGCCAACAUUUGCAUUAAAGUUCUAAUAAAAAACUUCUUAUCAACCAUGAAAGACUUCAUAACAUCUGCGAAACACGAGCAAAUGCCACAUACACGCCCUGAGUAUAAAGAGUUUUAAGAAUGAUCUUCAGAGGGAGUAAUGAUGAGGAGUAAUGUUACGAUGAAUAAGUAUUUUAUUUUCUAGAUCUCUCACGAUUCCGAUUUUAAGUCUAGCCAUUUAUUUGUUCAUUUCUUUUUCUGCUUUUUCAAUCGUUUGAAACCGAAAAAAUACUUUACAUU